CGGCGGCGGAAGAGGGCGGAGGGUAAUGGGAUGGGGGUUCCGCGGCAGCGCUGAAACUCCGGGUGGGCGUCGAUGGCGCUGCUUCGCUGACAGGGCUGUGAGUAGCUCGCCUUCCGCUCUCACCAGCUCCGCGUCGGAAUAGCCGGUCCUUCCCCGGGGAGCCAGUUCCUCCCCGGCCCCCUGAGCCAUGCCCAUCGCGGCCGCCCCGGACGAGCCAGGUAUAAAUUAAUUAUCUGAAAGCAGUGAGCAAUGGAGCCAGACGUUAUCCGAAUGUACUCCUCAUCCCCGCCACCCCUGGACACAGGCGCCGAGGAGGAGGAGGACGAGGAAUUUGGGGAGUUCGGUGGGUUUUCCGAAGUCAGCCCAUCUAGUGUAGGGUUUGUUGAUUUUGAAACACCGGACUGUACUCGUCCCAAGGAAGAGUUUGUACCAUCAAACCAUUUUAUGCCAAUUCAUGAGUUCUCAGAAAAUGUAGAUAGCCUUACAAGCUUUCAGCCCAUUAAAAAUGGUAACGAUAAGGACAUCACUGCUGAACUUCCUUCUCCUGUGAAAGGACAGUCUAAUGUUUUGCUCUCCACCACCAGCAAAGAAGUAAUUCCAUCUGAAACGUUAGAUACUUCCAUCGAUGGCAUAGAAAGUCCAGCAGAUUUAAAUAAAAUAAUGGAGCAGAGACAGAAUGUUGGGACACCUGAAAGUUUUUCUCCAGGAGACUUUAGAACUGAUACAAAUGUUGUUCACCAGAACAAGCAUUUAGAAAGCUGCAAUGGUGAAAAGCCUCCUUGUCUGGAGAUUCUGACAAAUGGGUUUGCAGUAUUGGAAACUGUAAAUCCUCAGGGAACAGAUGAUCUGGACACUGUAGCAGAUUCAAAAGGAAGAAAGCCUCUUGGCACUCAUGCUACUGAGUGUAAUUUAGACUGUGCACAUAGUCCUGCUGAGGAAUUUGCAGAUUUUGCCACAUUUCCCGAAAAGGAAAGGAUACAACUAGAAGAAAUAGGAUGUGGAGUUUUAAGUGACAGAGAAGCACUAACCAUUCAAGAAAACAAUAAAAUUAAUAGAGUUAAUGAACUGAAUUCUAUAAAAGAAGUGUCUUUGGGUAGAAGCUUUGAUGAUAAAGGACACAUUAAAGGAAAAGAUCAGGUUUACCUUUCAGAAACAAGCAUGAAGAGUCUCAGUACUAAAAAACAAGGCCUUCCAACAUUGCAACAGGAUGAAUUUUUAAAUUCAAGUAUGCAAUCAAAGGCUUGGAGUUUGGAAGACUCAGCUGAUAACUCAGAAGCCAGUAGGAGAGAACAGUGUAACACUGAGGAAAAGCUUGAUUUAUUUACUUCCAAAUGGACUGACCUAUGCAUGGAUUCUGUGAAAAGUUUUGAUGCUGAUGAUGAAGUUAGUUCUUCCAAAGAAGAAAGUAGAAAGUUUACUGAUUCCCAAAGCCCCAGCAUUGAUCCUACAGAAGAAAAUGUUUUGGGUGAUUCUGUAAGUGUAAAAAAUGGUGAUAGGAGUAACGACUUUGUGACUUACAACGAUACCAGUGAGGAUGAUUUUGGUGACUUUGGCACAGCCAGUGGCACAACUCCACCUAUUGUUACUAGUACUCAAGAUUCAAUGAGUGAUGUCACUUUUGAAGAGUCCUCAGAGCACUUUCCACAUGUUAGUCAACCAGGUGAUGAGUUUGGAGAAUUUGGGGAUACGAAUGCUGUUUCUUGCCAAGAGGAAAUUAUAUUUACCAAGUCAGACCAAAAACAGAAUUCUGACAGUUUUUCAGAGGAAUGUAAGUUGGAAAGAAAAUCCACAGGAACUGAACCUCCUUCAAAACUAAAAAUUGGGCAAGAAGGAGAGUUUGGAGAUUUUGAUUCUGUGCCAAAUAUUCAAGAUGACUGCAGUGCUUUUCAGGACUCUGAUGAUUUUGCGGACUUCAGUUCAGCUGGUCCUAGCCAGGUUGUUGAUUGGAAUGCUUUUGAGGAUGAACCAAAAGAUAGUUGCUCUUGGGCUGCUUUUGGAGACCAGCAGGCUGCUGAGUCUCAUCAUCGAAAGGAAGCCUGGCAGUCACAUAGGACAGAUGAAAAGACUGAUACCCCAGAAGCCCUCAAAACACACAGUGUCCCUUUAGCAACUUCCAAAGGAGCAGUUGCUGGUGGCCAUUUACAGGAAACAGCCACUUCCGUUCAGACAGCUUUACUAAACCGCCUGGAGCGAAUAUUCGAAGCAUGUUUUCCUUCCAUAUUUGUCCCUGAUACUGAAGAGGAAGUUACUUCCCUGAAGCACUUGCUAGAAACAAUCACCUUGCCAAUAAAAACAAGAGAGGCCUUAGCUGAAAGUGGGGAACUGCUGGAUGUGUGGACCGAGCUACAGGAUAUCCACGAUGCACAUGGCUUGAAAUAUCAGUGGGGCGGCUCCCAUAGCAACAAGAAGCUUUUGUGCUCCUUGGGAAUAGACACCAGAAACAUUCUCUUCACGGGCAAUAAGAAGCAACCUGUUAUAGUGCCCAUGUAUGCAGCAGGAUUGAUAUGCCAGGUAGUCCAGGAUAACUGAGGAAUUUUCAUUCUCUACCUUAUCAAGAUUCAGUCACAUUUUAAAGUUGGAUGUGUUUGUGUUUUUUGGUGUGAAUUUGCUGUGGAACUUGACCUUUCUUCAAUCUAAAAACUUUUUCCAUAAAUAAGCUUUAAUUAUUGAUAGUGAAUUAGAUCAUUUUGCUUUGUUUUAUUUUUGUAGUUUUGUUUGUUUUAUGGAAUUGGACAAAAGCUUGUCUGUGCUCAUUCUUACCAGUUUAUGCUCUUUAAUAAAUAGUUAUCAUGUAUUUUCAAAACACCUUGAUUAUCCCUACACUCUUUUCUGUUGUGGGUAAAUACAGUCCAGAACAUUUCUUUAAAGUUUUGGUUAUUCAUAAUUUCUUUUUUUCUCAAGGAAUAGCAUUCCAGAACUUGGUGUUAUUGUCACAUCCUAAGUAGGAAAUAUGAAUUUGGUUUGUGGAAGCUUUCAUUCAGCUUAAUGCUUAUGUGUAGGCUCAUCACAUUAGCCAAUUCUUGAAGUUUUGUGAGGAGUUUGAGACGAAUAUUUAUGCUUUAUUUUGCUACCUUAAUUACGAUCUUUAUAAGUAAUAAUUUACCAUUUUUAUAAGCUUUUAAUACCAAAGUUGAUUUAGUGAGUGCAUCAUCUUCUCGUUUAUUUUAGUGGUGCCUUACAUUUAGAAACUUACUCUUUUUCAUAUCUGGCUUCAAGUUUUAAUUAUACCUUAAUUUUUCCCAUGUUGCUUUACAUGUAUGAGAUGUUCAAUAUCUUUUGAUCUCAUCUGGAGGAAUAGUAUCGGAAAUGAUCAUUUAAUUUACUGGUUCUUGGAUUUUUACGUGAAUUGCUUGGAAGAUGUUAAAAAUACAGAGUGCUGGCACCACUCUCAGAGUUUCUUAUUCAGUAGGUCUGAAGCGGGGCUCGAGAAUUUGCACAUCUGACAAGUUCCCAGGCGAUCCAGAAACUACUGAUUGGGGACUGCUUUGAGAACCACUGGUUUAAGUGAUAGUUCACAUUAGAAAAGUUGGCUAAGACAAGUAAUUGUUUGCCAAAUGCAUUGUCUCCUUGCAUAAGGGCACUCUAGAAAGCCUGUAUAAUGUAUGGGGUAUUGAGUUAGACCAUGCAUUCAUGAAUUCAAUCUGUAAAUUGCUUUAGAUAGCUUAUGCCCUAUAUUUUUUUGGGAGGGAAGGAGGGAGGGAGUUCUGAAAACUUGUUUUUAGUAAUUUAUAGAUUCUAACAUUAUUGACUUAGCAGUUUUGAUUUUGCGUCCCCCCUCCCCUCACCCCACUCCCAUAAAAGGGAGACUUUUAUUUGGUCUGGUUGAUAAAUAUUCAGGAGCUUCUCAAGUAUUACAUUAAAAUGUGUAAAAGCUUGGCUUUGUUCAGGCCAGUAACAUUAUAUUUAGUAUUCGGUAGAGUGUUGAUGCAAAAUGCUGAUUUUUUUUUCUUCUUCUUUGUUUCUAUACCCAUUCUGAAUGUCUUUCUUACUCAAAAAGUAUAUUAGAUUUUUACACACCUAGUGAAAUGUGUACGAUGUUUUCCCCUAUGAACUGGUUGUUUCUCUGAUUUGCCAGUCCAAAGAACUAAGUUAUAUUAAGGCUCCCAUUUUUUAGCUGAGCUAGAAUCAAACACUAAAAUCACACUGAAGCAUGUAGAUGCCAUUACAUUAUAUAAUGUGUAUUAAAAUCAGCUCUCACUUCUCCAAAUACCACCAUGGUAUAAUGUGUAUGAAGGGUGCCCUCUCCUGCAGUUUCAGUGUCGGAAACAUCAUAAAAUUGUUGGAUUCUUAGGGCUGGGAUGUGAUACACUGUUGUGCUCGCCUCUUAAAGACUCUCCCCACCCCCACCAUCACAACUUGUGCUUUUGCUUUUGUGAUAACCAGGCACUUUAAAACAAACCUGAUUUAAAAUACAAGGUCUUACUUCAAAAAGUUGGGUCCCCAAGGUAUUACUGAGAAACGUUUCCCAUUAUAGUGCUAUAAAAUUUUCUCUAAACAAAAUUUAAGAAUAGUUCCUUUUGUCUUUAGUAACUUUCCAGAAGACUUGUUUUUUCCGUUCUACUUUCUGAUUAAAUUUCUUGUAAAGUUUAUGGGUUGAUAUCCCCCCCCAAAUUAAUGGCUAAUAUACCUUUUCCAGGGUAUGUUAGAGCCCACCAAGGAACCAUUGAAACCACUAUCUGCUGCAGAAAAAAUUGCUUCCAUCGGUCAGACAACCACCAUGUCACCAGA